AUGGCAAAAGCUGGCAACUGUGAGGGUUUUGCUCCAGCUGUGAUUAUUGCUGGUAUUAUCUCUUGAAAAGAGUCACAUGCUGGGGCAGUGCUGAAAGAUGGUCUGGGUGACCAUGAGAAUGCAUUUGGCCUAAUGCAGUCAAGCAUGAUAAUGCUGCAAGCGCUGCUGAAAGGUGGCAUCUCAGCCUAUAAUGCAGGAGUUAACACUGUCCACACCUACAACAAAAUGGAUAUUGGCAAAACACACAACUAUGCCAAUGAUGUGGAUGUGAGAGACAGGUUUUGUAAGACAAAUGGGUAUUGA